UAAAUAUGAAAUUAGCUACUCAAAAGACUGAAAAGUAAAUUUAAUCAAAAAUACCUUCAAUAAGAUGAGUGCAGAGAUCUAGCAACAAACUAUAAGAGGGAGAUAACUUGGCAAUAGUCUGACAAACUGCAGAUUGUCAUGAUAAACAAGUAUUCCAAGUUUCAUGUUUAUAUACUCAACAUCACUAAUUACGCGUCAUCACUUAUUUCACGGUAAUGGCAUAUUCUCAUGUGACCAGUGUUAACAUUGGUAAGAAUUGACAUAUUUUAUUCAUACACCUAUACAACAUAGUGUUUGUGCAAAAUACUCUAAAUCUUUAGAUUUUUACAUAAAAAAGAACAACAUUUUACAAAUUUCUGCAAAAAGCAAUAAUAGUCCAUUAAAUUUCUGAUAUGUCUGAAACAAUCAUCAUUUUCUAAAUGUUUUUGUUUGUUGACAAAAUAAAUUUUGAGUUACAAAGUAAGGAUAAUUUUAAUAUUUAAAAUCAAGCAAAAUAACAUGAUUGUAGAAAUUUUAACUGAAAUGUAACACCAUUAACGCGAUUUAAAUGAUGACAUACUGUUUUCAAAAUGGCCGACAUAUGGUCUACGUUUGGUCCAUUAAAAUUGAUUUCGACUGAAUAUAUUGUUGUUUCCUUGUGUCAUACAAUGGAAAAUACCUUUAUGUUAUAGCUUAUGACAAUAUUUGCACCAUUAGUUUCAUUUUUUGUUUUCUUCCUGGUUUCAAAGCAUUAAGUACCGUGAACUAAGAGGAGCACAGUAUACUUUAAGCAAUUUGAAUAAUUGGCUAUAUUUAAAAUAACAAAGACCAAGUCUCAUGUUUAUACUUUUAAAAAAGUUUGAAUAAUGGGCUUUUUUAAAAAUAACAAAGAGAAAAACAAAACAAAAGAAUCGCUUAAAUCUUCAAAAUCUUCCUGUAUUUUGUUAGCUACCUAUAUGAGUCUUGUCUCAUAACAAGUUUUGUUUUCAUAAGGACAAUAAUUUUCUAUUUACCAUUGAAAGAAUAAAAUAAACAUGGGGAUUAAACUUAUGAUCACCACUGUUUUUCUGUGUAUAACAGUGAUUUCUACAUCUCCUGUGUGGAAUAGAAGCUUGGAAAUAAGGCUUCAAUCAGUUGAGAAUCAUACUGACAACAUUCAGUCUCAGAUGUCAUACCUCAAGGAAAAUGAUGAAGAUAUUUGGACAAGACUAGUAAUGAAUACUAAUCUAAUAAACAUUUUAAGUAAUGCUCUAGCUACAAAUCUGAAGUACUACCGAGAAACAUCAAACAAAUCUAUGAAAAAACUGGACAGUUUAACACAGAAGUAUGACAGCUUGUUGGAAAAAUAUGAGACAUUGGAAAACAAGAUCAGAAAACUAAAUCAAUGUCCACCUGGCUGGUUCCCUUAUAUGAAGUCCUGUUACAUAUUGAAGAAAGAGGCAAUUGAUUGGUUCCAAGCUCAGAAAUGGUGUCAGAAAAAUGAAGCAAAACUUGUGGAAUACAGUGACAUUGAUGAAGUAACCUUUUUGUUAUCAAAAGCUAAAUCUUAUCAUUACUGGGGUACUAGUAAUUGGGCUGGAUUCUGGGUAGGAGCUACUGACCUACAGCAUGAGGGAGUUUUCAAAUGGAGUUCAAGUCACAACAACUUACACUUCAGCAACUGGUUACCAGGGCAACCAGACAAAUCUGGUGAUGAAGACUGCAUGAUGACACUGGUAAAUCAACAAGGCAAAUGGAAUGAUGAUUCAUGUAACAGGAAACUACCCUUUGUGUGUGAAAAGUACAUGUAGGGAGGAUGUACACCAAUAUUCGAACAUCCAUAUAUAAAACAAGUAUUUAAGUGAAACUUUUAAUCUUUGUGUGUGAAAUGUAUGAAUGAUAAUUAACAUUAAAACAUUUAUAUCUGAAACAAGUAUAAAAGAGAAACUUUGGAACAGUUAAUCUCUGUAUAAUGUGUAUAACUUUUUAAGUAAACACUCUGAAACUUAAAAUCAUAUACACAUAUUAAAACAGAAAAUAUCAAAUAAACUAUAUAAAAGAUUGAUACCAAUAUCAAAAAUUCUAGAUAGACACAGUGUAACAUUACUAACUUUUGGUGAAAGUCACUGGCACACCUCUUAAUAUGAAACUAACUACACAAAAGACUGAAAAGUUAAAUAAAUCAAAACUACCUUCAAUAAGAUGAGUGCAGAGAUCUAGCACCAAACUAUCAGAGGGAGAUAACUUGGCAAUAGCCUGAAAUCAAAAUAUUUUUACAAUAUAGUAUAAAUAAUUGUAAAUCUACAGUUGUAACUAUUUCAUUUAGCAAAGCUUAAUUUAAAGUUAUAGCUUAUUUUUUUCAUAAAGGAUAAUAACUUUUAUAAUAUACCUAUUUUAUAAAUGUUCUCCCUAAAAUACACGCAAAUCUUGUAGCGUGAACACGCUUCAACGAAUAAAAAAAUUCAAAUUAUGAUAGAGACAAAUACAAUACCAUAUAUGGAAGUGCCAGACUAUUUUAGUUCCCAUCUUAGUUGUGUAUUACGUAGCAUUUGAAAAAAAUGAGAACCAAAAUUAUUGAAUGCAAAAUUACGUAUUCUUCUGCCAUUUGUGAAUUCGAUUUAUUGACAGCUAUAUUUCAGUUUCUGAAAUAACUAAUAGAAGUUAAGAAUUUUGAAACUUGUUUUGUCUUAAAAUGUAUAGGUAUAUGAUGAAAGGAUAAUUAUGUUGUAGCAGCUUUCUGAGGCCAUGUAUUUUGCUACCAGCCUUCGGUCUCGCGAGAUAUCAAUUUUUCAACUUUGCUAGUAGCAAAAUACAAAUCUUUAGAAAGCUACUAUAACAUAAUAUUCUGUAUAUUUCAUUUAUCAUUGUACAUGCAUAGUUUUCUUGUUAUAAAUCAUUGUAAAUCUAUAGUUUUAUCACUUUCAUUCAUAAUGUGAAUCAACGUAACUUUACGCUUAUCAUAUGAUAUCUUUGUCAUAAACAAUAUUUUAUCUAUUUACUUGAAUGCUUGUAUGCGUACUUACAUGCUUUACCACUCUCUGUAAAAAUAUUAAUAAAAUGUAUCUUUCUGA